UUAACUGUGCUUCUGGUGCUCGCUCUUCUCUCAGCAACGAUGCUGUGGAAGCGCACAACCGGCUCUGCACUUCCUCUCCCUCCAGGUCCAAAACCGCUGCCCUUCAUAGGUAAUGUGUUCGACAUGCCAACGAAGCGUAUUGGGCCGGCCCUGCGAGAAUUAGGAGGCAAAUAUGGGGAGCUCACAUAUCUCAACAUGCUGGGCCAACCGAUGAUUAUUCUAAACUCGUACGAGGCUGCCGUCGGUCUUCUCGAAGGCCGCUCCGCCAACACCUCGGACAGGCCGCAAAUCGUCAUGGCCGAGCUGACUGGAUAUAUGUGGGAGUUCGCCAUAAUAGGAUACAAUCAAGCAUGGCGGGUUCGCCGCCGCCUCUUCCACACAUUCUUCCAGCCUAGCGCGAUUCCCAAGUACCACCCCGUGCACGUUCGCGAGUGCCGGCGUUUCCUACAGCGACUACUUGCUACGCCGCAGGACUUCAUGCCUCUUGCCCGCCACGUGUUCAGCGCCACGAUCAUGGACGUCGUAUAUGGUAUUACAGUUGCCGAUCACGACGACCCAUAUGUUUCGCUCGCCUUGAAGGCCGUGGACGUCUUCAGCAGUAUCGUCGUCCCGGGACAAUACCUGGUGGAAUCCCUGCCGUUCCUGAAGCACAUCCCCUCUUGGUUCCCUGGCGCCGGGUUCAAGCGGCAGGCCAAACGGUGGUCGAAGGUCGUGAGGGCCUCACGAGAUGCGCCUUACGACGUUGCUGUCGACGCUUUCACUCGAGGGGCUGCGCGCCCUUCGGUAGUAACAUCUUGCCUGGAGAACGCCACGCGCGAGCAGGAGCAUGUGUCCCCCGAGGAUGACGAAUGCUUCCGAGACGUCGCAGGGCUAGCAUACCUCACCGGUGCAGACACUUCCCUUUUUGCCAUCCAAGCGAUGUUUUUGGCGAUGGUCACGCAUCCAGACGUGCAAAGGAAGGCCCAGCAGGAGCUCGACAUGGUGAUUGGCCCCGACCGCCUCCCAGAGUUCUCCGACAGGGACUCCCUUCCGUACAUCAACGCCGUCGUGAAGGAGGUCAUACGGUGGCACAGCGUCGUACCGCUCGGCGUCUCCCACCGCGUGAUGGAAGAGGACGAGUACAAGGGCUACCGGAUCCCGGCAGGCACCAUCCUCGUCCCGAAUGCAUGGGCUAUGUCGCGCGACCCACAAGUUUACACGGAGCCCGAUGUGUUCGUGCCGGAACGGUACAUGAAAGACAGCAAGUCCAGCUCCGGCGUCAGAGACCCUGAGAAGUAUCAGUUUGGCUUCGGCCGCAGGAUCUGCCCUGGACGUCACUUCGCAAAUGACGCGCUCUUCAUCACCGUCGCCUCUGUGCUGCAUGUCUUCAACAUCGAGCCUCCGCUCGGGCGAGAUGGGAAGCCGGCGCACGUCACGCCCAACAUCAAUUUGGACUCCUUCCUGUCUUAUCCGGAGAAGUUCGAAUGCAGGAUCACGCCGCGAUCGGCGCAGACGGAAGCGCUGAUACGACGUGACCAUGACGUGCGAAGCGAGCUUUGAGCGGCGAUGCCUCAGCUAGAGAUAGAAAGGAUAUUCUGCGAGCGUAUGAAGAUUUCGC